UCAUAUACAUGUAUACCUUUUUUUCUCUCUGUUGAUUUUUAUAAAUUCACAAGUUUGCGUUUCAAUCUUGAACUGAACAGAAGAGAUGAGUUCGGGAGGGGCAACAAAGGGUGGCAGAGGCAAACCCAAGUCUUCAAAAUCGGUGUCCAGAUCUCAGAAGGCUGGUCUUCAGUUCCCUGUUGGCCGUAUCGCCCGUUUUCUCAAAGCCGGAAAGUACGCUGAUCGUGUUGGUGCCGGCGCUCCUGUCUAUCUUUCGGCCGUCCUCGAGUAUCUUGCUGCUGAGGUCCUUGAACUUGCUGGCAAUGCUGCAAGGGACAACAAGAAGAACCGCAUUGUUCCUAGGCACAUUCAGCUUGCUGUGAGGAAUGAUGAGGAGCUCAGCAAGCUCUUGGGAACUGUUACUAUUGCAAAUGGUGGUGUUUUGCCUAACAUUCAUCAGAAUCUAUUGCCUAAGAAGGCGAAAGGCAAGGGCGACGUUAUUGGUUCUGCAUCCCAGGAAUUCUAGAGCGUUUUAUCCAGUAUGUUACGCACUUCAUAAUUUUGUCAAGAAAUGGGAUCAGAUCAUCCCAGAGUUUCUUUAUAAUCAUUUUGCUCCUUGUAAACAUUACUUCAUUUCGGAGGGAAGUUUCGAUUGAAUAUAGGAAAUGAUAGGAGAUCAUCAGGAAAUAUGUCAAUUUUCUUACAGGUCAAUCUAUAUGGUGAUGUUAUAUUGUGGAACUCUUGAUUGUAUUUCAAUGAAAUGAUGUGCUUUGAGAUA